AUGAGUAAAAAAAACAAAGGAAGUAGCUUAGGUAAAGCUUUGGUGAGAAAUCGUUUUGGACCUAAGAAAAAACGUGAGAAUACAUUUGAAGAAUUUUUAAGAACUGCAGAGUUAGCUGGAACUGAAUUUCAAGCCGAAAAACUUGAUAUUAAAUAUGUCAAUCCUCAGAGUGGAAUGGGUUUACCUUCAGAAAAAGAACGAGCUGAUUUACUGGCUCUGUUCAAAACAAAUGCUAAGUUAUUAAAAAUACCCAGAAGGCCUAAAUGGGACGAGCACACCAGUGCUCAAGAGCUCCACACCAGAGAGAAAAAUGAAUUUUUAGAAUGGCGAAGACAGCUGUCUUUGCUCCAAGAUACCGGAGAGAUGACAAUAACUCCUUACGAAAAAAAUCUAGAAUUCUGGAGACAAUUAUGGAGAGUCGUCGAACGUAGUGACGUCGUAGUGCAGAUUGUUGAUGCGCGCAAUCCUUUGCUGUUCCGCUGCGAAGAUCUUGAGAAUUAUGUUCACGAGGUUGACGCCACUAAGAUGAAUAUGAUUCUUGUUAAUAAGGCCGAUUUUCUGACCCUGGAACAGCGACAGGCUUGGUGCGAUUAUUUUACCGAGGUUGGAAUAAAAGUCGCUUUCUUUUCAGCCUUGGAUGCCGCUGAGUUGAAUUACAGAAAUAGAAAAUCUGCCGAAAUUGACGAAGAAGAAGAAGAGGAAGAAAAAGAAGACGAGGUCGAGGAGGAAGAGGAGGACGAAACUGAUGAAGAAAAUGAAGAUGAUGUCUCCAAUAAAACCAACGACGGAGAAAGCGAUAUUUCUUCUUAUGUCACAGAUUUUGGAUCCGACAGCGAGUAUCAGAGUGCUGAUGAUACCGACGCAAUACAGCUGGAUAAAAUUCCUGAUAGCCAACCUGAAGAAGAAUUGAAAAGCACAGACGAAGUAGAAAGCACCAAGACACUCGAGAUUAAUUCCCCGGAGCUUUUAACCAGAGAAAGAUUGAUUGAACUCUUUAAAUCAUUGAAAGGAGAGAUAACUUACACGCCUAACGUUGUAACAAUCGGUCUGGUUGGAUACCCAAAUGUUGGAAAGAGUUCAACCAUCAACGCCAUUUUGAUGGGUAAAAAAGUAUCGGUAUCAGCUACGCCAGGAAAAACCAAGCACUUUCAAACGCUCUUCGUCGACAAUGAGUUGAUGCUGUGCGAUUGUCCUGGCUUGGUGAUGCCCAGUUUUAUUUGUACUAAAGCUGAAAUGGUUCUGCAUGGAAUUUUACCAAUAGACCACUUGAGAGACCACGUUCCAUCAAUUACAUUGCUGGGAACUUGGAUCCCACGACAUGUUCUUGAAGAUACUUAUGGUAUAAUGCUACCACCGCCAAGAGACGGUGAGGAUCCUCACAGACCACCGACUUCUGAAGAAAUUCUCAAUACCUAUGGGUUCAACAGGGGAUUCAUGACCGCAAAUGGUCAGCCUGACAAUCCCCGCUCAGCUCGGGUCUUGUUAAAAGAUUUUGUCAAUGGCAAGCUUCUGCAUUGCGUUGCUCCGCCGAAUAAAAUUCAAGAAGAGUAUCAUACAUUCCCACCUCGUCGCAGAGUUUACUCAGAAAACCACGUUGUUCCUCCUGACGCUAUGCGAGCUAGCAGGGGAGUUACUAUCAACAAUGAAGACGUUGAUCGGGCUUUUUUUAGGGACCGAGAGGCCGGUGUUCAUGUCAAAGGACUUCCUGGUAAAUUGAGUUCUGCUAACUCGGGAGAUCCUGGCGGUAAACCCUGGAAAAAAAUAAAUAAACACGCUAAUAAAAAUAAGAAAGAAAAAGGACGACGUCUUUACAAACAUUUAGAUUUACAUUAA